CCCAUUUUGAACAAUCUUGGUAUCAAACUCUACCUUGCCAUGCCCUCUUUACAUUGAGCUUAAGCUCGAAGAAAGUGGUGGUCAUAUGAGAAAAUUAUGCGUAUACAAAGUCAAGGCUGCAACAUGGAAAUAUAUAGCAUGGUAUACGUACAAGCCAAGUCAUUACUUACCACAAAUUGCCAUACAUGUACCACAUAAGAAAGGCAACAAAAAAACUUGCAGCAAAUACCAAGCCUUGCUCAUUAAGCAUAAGAGAGGUCCCACUCCAAACAAAUGCAAGCUGUACAUACUCACCUCUCCCUAUAAAAACAGACUUCACUCUCCUAAAAUCCUUCCUUCCCAUUUUUUUUCCUCUUUCCACUCUCUCUUCUCUCCACUUUGCUCGCCCCUCACCACCACCUCCGGCCGCCAUAACUGUCCCUUCUAACCAACUCCGGCCACCGUAACCGUCUCCUCCAACCAGUUCCGGCCACCAUAACCACCUCUCUACAUCUAACCUUCAUCACUAUGUCAUCACCUUCAUUUGCAAGCCACGAACUAAGUCUUCCCUUCCACUGAAUUGAAUACAGAGCUCACCUUCUUCAUCAAUGGUGAAAUUCUGUUUUCUAUAAUUCAAAGCUUCUUGUGUAUAGUUGCGUAUCUUAACACGUUCAGCAUAUCGCAUCCAAGCUACCGCACACUUCUCUUUGCAUCUGUAACUGCAUUAACAAGUGUUCCGACCUCAGUCUUCCUCGCAAGAUAGAUCGAGUGGGAUUGCACAUUGUAGCGAGUCUCAAGCGCAAUUGAGCAUUUAUUUUGCUCAAUCGGAACUCUCUGAAGCUUUCUGGAUCACUACCACGCUUCAAGUCCUCCGUUAAAGCUCUCUUCAAACUGCUCCGAUCUACAGGGUAUCCAGAAAAUAUCAAUUUCCGUCAAGAAUGGAUAACAACGUGACCACCAACCGAGAAACUACGAGGAGCACACACACUUAUACUUUCCAUCGCGAGGGUAUGGUUCAAUUGGGACAAUUGGGUGAAUUGGUCACUGGUCAUAAUGAAACAGUGUUCAGUGGCAACUAUGGCAACAUAUUAUCUCUUCUGUAUUCGCGUGUCGACGAAUGGGCCUUAUCUACUCUUCUUCAGUUCUACGACCCAGAUAUCCGUUGUUUCACAUUUUCAGAUUAUCAGCUAGCUCCCACUCUCGAAGAGUACUCUUACCUCCUCAACAUCAAGAUUCAACACAGAGUGCCUUUUGUUUGUGUCCCAGAGAAACCUAGGUUGGAUUACAUUGCCAACGCUCUUUAUUUGAGCUUGGGGGAUGUUCACGAUAACUGGAAGAAGAAGGGUGAUACUCAUGGCUUCCACAUGAGUUUCCUGGUUGAAAAAGCUCAAGAAUUUGCCGACAAAGGAAUUUGGGAGGCUUUCAAUGCUAUUUUGGCCGCUCUGAUCUAUGGAAUUGUGAUGUUUCCCAACAUUCACAAGUUCGUUGAUUUGGCUGCUGUAUGUCUUUUUAUGGACAAGAAUCCAAUACCCACCCUAUUGGCUGACACAUAUUAUUCCAUUCACUCUCGGCAUGGUAAAAGAGGGGCUAUUAGAGGUUGCUUGCCGCUGUUAUAUAAAUGGUUCAAAUCUCACUUGCCUGCUAGUGGUCCGUUUGUUACCUCUACUCAGAAAUGGUCUCAGAGAAUCAUGGGACUUACUGCAAACGACAUCGUAUGGUAUCAAUUCCGAACAGGCAUAUCUGAAGUCAUUAUCAGGUGCGGAAACUUUGGUAACGUCCCGCUCAUUGGGACAAGAGGAUGUAUUAACUACAACCCAGUUCUAGCCCUUCGUCAGUUGGGCUAUACCAUGAAGAGUGGGCCUUCGGAUAGGGAGAUUUACCAAUCCGUAUACUUUGAGAAAGGAGCUGACCCUGUAGCACUUGAGGAAAUCAGGAAAGCCUGGAACAACAUUCAUAUAGGUGAGAGAUCCACUCUGGGAGCCAAGAAUGCCAUUGCUAUGGAGCCCUAUACCGAUUGGGUUAAGGAGAGAGUCAAGACACUUCUGUUACCAUUCCCGAGGGUCCCUCUCUUAUAUGCACAACCUCCGAAGAUAUCAGAAACUAUGGUAUCAAGGGAACGUUUUGACCAGGUCCGCGUCGCCAAUUUGAGACUGAAAGAGAAAGAUAGGGAUAUGGAUUUGAAGCGCUAUUUCCUUAAGCAGACAAAGAAUGAACUGGCCCGUGAACUUAAAACUCUCAAAGGAGAGUCUUCUCAAGCCAGGAAGAGGGUUAGAACUGAAAAGGACGGAAAAGCUGUUGUCGCUCCUACUGAAGAUCCUCAAAAGGUUAUAGAAAAGGCUAUAAAGGAAGAAAAAGAGAAGCUCAGACGAGAGUAUCAAGAAGACCUGAAAGCCCACAAGCUCCGACUGGAGAAAGAAACCAAGUAUGAGUUGAGGACCAUGAAGAAGAAACUGGAAGAAGAGACCACUCAGAGAAUAGCAGUUGAGACCCAACUGAAAGGAAGUCACCUCCGCACCGCCCGACUAGCUGAAGAGAAUGUCAAGCUCAGAGAUCAAAUGAUGAGUGAAGCAAAUGCGCUUGAGAAGACCUAUAUCCCAGAAUGCAAAGGGUGUGAUGAACUCAGGGAUUGCUGCAAGAAUCUAGACACACAGUUAUUCCGAAAGGAUGAAGUGAUCCAAAGCCUUGUCAAAGGAAGAGAUCGGGAGACGACUAAGAAGCUAUUUGACGAAACAAAGAAGUGGAGUGACGCCCAUUUCAGACAAGGAGGGCCUUUGUUCUACAUUGAGAUGAAUUGAUAAUUGAAUUUGUUUGUAGAUCACCACCAGAUUUGUUGGAUGGGGUCUCUAUUGCUCUUUAUAUUGAAACAUUGUUAUUUGUGUUUGAACCUACUCGCCUC